UAGUGUAUCAGUUGAACCCCUACCUCGUAUUUGCUUGUUUACGACCAGCCCCGCUAUUCCACAAAUGUCUACUAUCAUCUCCGAUGUCGCGUCAUUUGCUGGCAUGCACUUACUGCUCUGUACUUGACCACGCUAUAAAUGCAGGCGGGCAGCGGGCAGGGAUAUCUGUGGAAAGGUACUCACGCAGAUCUCUCCCUUGCCUGUCCGUCCACAAAACAAGAAAACCACCAUGUCCGGCAGCUCCACCCUCCUCGCGGCCCUUGCUGGCCGACGCUCCUACUACGCCCUACGUCGCGAGUCCCCCAUCCCUGACGCUAAGAUCCAAUCGAUUCUCAAUCAGAUCGUGCUGCAGACCCCCUCGGCGUUCAACUCGCAGACCACACGUAUCCUGGUCCUGCUGAAACAGGAGCACGACAAGCUAUGGGACAUCGUCAAGGACUCCCUGCUCACUCGCAUCGGGGCCGAGCGGUACCAGAAGACCGCCCCCAAGAUCGACGGCUUCCGCGCCGCUUACGGCACGGUGCUCUUCUAUGAGGAUCAGACCGUGGUCGCCGACCAUAAGGCCAAGUUCGCAUCGUAUGCGGAACACUUCGAGGCCUGGUCGGAACAGACCAGCGGCAUGCAUCAGUUGAUUGCGUGGACGGCGCUCGAGACGGAAGGGUUUGGCGCCAACCUGCAACACUACAACCCUAUCAUCGACGAUAAGGUCGCGAGCACCUUCGAGGUGCCUGCGCAGUGGAAGCUGCGGGCGCAAUUGGUGUUUGGCGUGCCGGAGGGCGGAUCACCACCGCCCAAGGAGAAGAAGCCCUUGGAGGAGCUCAUUCGCGUGGUGGGAAAUGACAGUAACUGAGGGGUAGCUCAACUGUUAUGACUCGAAAGGAAUCUAUUUUUGGCGAGCGUCAAGGCGGGGUAUCGGGGCAUCGGGGCUUAUCUGGUGUAAAUAGUGUCCGUCAUUCAUAGACUUACUCAAGAGAAGGUAACGGGACGUUCAGG